AUGCUCCCUUCAGGGCACAUUCUCGCUGAACCCGUAACGUUAAAAGAUGGUUGGAGAAGCGAGAGCAGGGGCGCACUGCAACGUUUUGCUGCACAUGGAUUUGUGGUUACAUCGAUCACCAUUCACAAGAACCACACAUCGAUCUUCCAGUUAACCGCACAUCUAUCUUCCAGAAUUGUCUGGGCACUUGGUGUGAAGCCACUAACGAUACUACAGUGCAGUUUUGCGUUGACCAUAUGUGAUUGA